AUGGCCAUCUUAAACUCCAAUCCUGAAAUCUUAUUAAAGAAAAGGAAAGAUAGAGAUCUCAAACGUUUACAAAAACAAGAGCAAGCUAAAGAACGUGAUGCUGCUAGAGCCAAGGCUGCUAAAACCAAAGCUAAGAAAUUCAUCCGUGCUGAAACUCUUAUCUCAAACUACAAAACCAAAGAGUUAGAAGCUAAAAGAGUCAAGAAUAUCACCAAAUUCGAAGCUUCCAAUGCUGAAGAAUACGUUGAACCUAAACUUUUAUUCCUUAUCAGAAUACCCAACCACAAAAAGGGAGUCAAAAUCCCUCCUAAAGCUCAAAAAAUCUUAAACCUUUUGAAAUUACAUAAAAUCAAUAGCGGUGUUUUCGUUGUUUUAAAUGAAAAUGUUUUACAAUUAUUGAAAUUAAUCAGUCCUUAUAUUGUCUGUGGUAAACCUUCAUUGAUUUCCAUUAGAAAAUUGUUCCAAAAAAGAGCCAAUGUCAAAAUCAAUGACGAAAUCGUUAAAUUAGAUAACAAUCAAUUGGUUGAAGAUGAAUUUGAAGAAGAAGGUUUGAUUUGUAUUGAAGAUUUGAUCCAAGAAUUAAUCAGUUUAUCUUCAAACAUCAAAAGAAUUAAUCAAUGGUUAAUGCCUUUCACCUUAAAUUUACCAGUAAAUGGGUUUGGACCUCAAAAUAAAUUGGCCAAAUUGAAAUAUAAUGUCGAAAACAAAAGAGGAAUAAGUUUAGCUGGGAAUGUGGAAUUAAGUGAGGUUGAUAUUGAUAAGGUUAUUGAUGAACAAAAUUAG